AUGGCUGCAAACAAAUUUGCUAGUAUGUUGAAUAGAAAUACAAACAAGUUUACACUCAUUCUGAUGUAUGCAGUUCUUGAAUGGAUUUUAAUCCUUCUUCUCCUCCUCAAUUCUCUGUUUUCCCAUCUAAUCAUCAAAUUUGCCAAGUAUUUUGGUCUAACCCCACCUUGCCUUUGGUGUUCUAGAGUUGAUCACAUCAUUGAACCUGCAAAAUAUAACAAGAGUUUUCACAGAGAUCUUCUCUGUGAAGUUCAUGCCAAGGAGGUUUCCAAAUUGGGGUACUGCUCAAAUCAUCAAAAGUUGGUUGAUUCUCAGUAUAUGUGCGAGGAUUGCUUGUCCUCAAGGCCAGAAUUUCAUGGGUUAUCAGAUUUUUUGACUGAUUUGUGUGAUGUUGAACAUGGGUUGGAAAAUAAGAAUGAAGCUCAGAUUCUGUGUGAUUUUGGUAGGGAUUUGAGUGUAACAGAAAAGGGAACAGAAGAUAAGGGUUCUGUUUCUGUAUAUGUGAAUAAGAUGAAAGAAUUGGAAGGUGAAGUAGAUGAAAAAGUAGAUGCGGUUUUGGAAAUGGAAGAAGGAAAAGCAAAAGAUAAGGCAGAAAACUCGACUAUAUCUAGGCAGGAUAAGUCUGUUCAGCUAUCAAUUGAAGAAGGAAGGGAUGUUCCUCUUGAUAUUUCCCCUCAGCAUCUGGAGUUCUUUCUAGACAACAGUGGUCAUAGACUGGUUCCGGUCGAGUUGAUUGAUUUGAUAACAGGCGAACAACAAAGCAAGAACCAUGCUAACGAUGAAUAUACUGAUAAUGAUAACCAUCAAGAAACAAAUUCAGAUUCCGAAGUUUGGUUGAAGACAGAAGUCAAAAUGGUUGUGGAGGAUAGGUUCAGACGAGAAGGGACUGGAAGGGUACUUGAUUUUGAUUUUACUGCACACAAGGAUCCCAAGUAUAUGAUGCUCGACUCUAUGGAAAUAGAAGAGGAUGAAAGUUCUUUGGUUUUUCAUGCAAAGGAAUACCAUUUGAAGAUGGGAGAUUAUGAACAAAAUGUUAAUUUUCAUGUAGCCCAAACUCCAUCUCAGCUUAUAGGUGAUGUUCAAGAAGUGAAAGCAGCAGAAGGGGAAAAGAACCAUUCACCGGUUAUUCCAGUUUCUGAAGAAGUUGCUCGGAUAUCAAAUUGUGGAACUGAAGGAGAUGUAUCAAUUGGUACGGAAAUUCCUGAUUUAGAUAUAACAGAUGAAAUUCUAAAUCAAGAUUAUGUUCUUUCAUAUGAAUCCACACAUGAAGAUCCAUUGACAACAUUUUCAAGUUUUACAGCUUAUUAUCAUGGUCCUUUACAAGUUGGAGAACCAAAAGUAGAACUAAAAGCCUUAUCAGUUCUGAACGGUGAGCACACAGUGAACGGAAAAACAUCAUUUCUUUUGCAGCUCAAUGAUAUCGACGAAGACAAGGUUCCUGAUACCCCAGCUUCUACACCCACUUUUGCAGACAGUCUCCAUCAUUUGCACAAGAAAUUUCCAUUGCUUGAGAAAAAGGAUUCGGCAACUGAAGAGUCUUUGGAUGGAAGUGUGACUAGUGAGCUAGAAUGUGGUGAUGGAGUUGUUACAAUUGAACACUUGAAAUCAGCACUAAGAUCUGAACGUAAGACUUUACGUGCAUUAUAUACUGAGCUGGAAGAAGAGAGAAGUGCUUCUGCAGUGGCUGCAAAUCAAACAAUGGCAAUGAUAAACAGACUCCAAGAAGAGAAAGCAGCAAUGCAAAUGGAAGCUUUACAGUAUCAGAGAAUGAUGGAAGAGCAGUCUGAGUAUGAUCAAGAAGCUCUGCAACUCUUGAAUGAACUAAUGGUAAGAAGGGAGAAGGAAAAACAGGAGCUGGAGAAAGGGUUGGAAAUAUAUCAAAAGAAGGUUUUGGAGUAUGAAACGAAAGAAAAGAUGAGGAUCUUGAAAAAAAGUAAGGAUGGAUGUAAUAGAAGUGGAUUCUCUUCUGCUUCUUUUAGCAAUGGUGAGGAUAGUGAUGGAUUAUCUAUUGAUCUAAAUCAAGAAGCAAAAGUAGAAGAGUGCUUUUAUAGCAAUCUCGAAUCAAGCAACCAGAACACUCCAUUUGAUGCAGCACUAAAUUUGGACGAGUCGUUAGCUGACUUUGAAGAAGAAAGGUUAUCCAUUCUAGAGCAGCUCAAGGUCUUAGAAGAAAAGCUUAUGACAUUGGAUAUCCAAGAGGAACAAAAUUUUGUGGAUUUAAGACCGAUGGGAGAUUUCCAUGAAGAGAAUGGAAAUCAUGCGGAUGAAAAUGCUGAAGCGAAUGGCAAUCAUAUAGAUGAAAAUACUUAUUUCGGGGGUGAAGCAAAUGGGCGUGCAAAUGGUUUAACAAAGAAUUGGAAACAUCAACAACCGAGAAGAAUUGUGGGUUCAAAUGGAAAACGGCUUCUUCCUCUCUUUGAGGCAAUUAGCUAUGAAAAUGGAUAUGUUUUCCAUAAUGGACAUGGAAAUGGAUUUAAGUCUAAUGGGAUGCACAAUUCUUAUGAAUCAAAGCUUGUCAUUGAAGAGGAGGUUGAUCAUCUCUAUGAAAGUCUGAAACUCUUGUUACCACGGAUUCAAGUUCGAUUUCUAUGGACAUAUGAAGGAAGCACACCAAAAUGA